AUGACUGAUCAUAUCACAACAAAAUUAUCUCUCAAUUCUAAUCCAUCUAGCAUAUAUUACAUUCAUCCAUCUGAAAAUAGCACAAAUCCUUUGAGUUCUAUCAAGUUUAAUGGUAAUGGCUUCACUGAUUGGAAACGUUCUGUUGUCAUUACGCUUUCAGCCAGAAACAAACUCGGUUUCCUUAAUGGAGAUUAUCCUGAACCUGAGCCUAACACACCUGAACAUGCUGCUUGGAUUAUAUGUAAUGAUUUAAUAAUUUCUUGGCUUCUUUACUCCUUGGAUACACAAAUAGCCAAAUCUGUGCUUUACUUCAAAACUGAUUCAGAGAUUUGGAUUGAUCUUGAAGAAAGAUUUGGUUAUACAUCUGGAGCCCAAUUAUAUGAUCUUGAACAACAAUUAUAUGAAUUACAUCAAGGAACACAAUCCAUUUCUGAGUAUUACACUAAACUCAAGGUCCUAUGGGAUGAAUUGAAUUCAGCAUUUCCUCUACCAACCUGCACUUGUAACAAGUGCACCUGCAACCUCACUCAGAAGAUUUUCAAGUCUCAACAAGAUCAAAGACUCAUCCAAUUUCUGAUGAAAGUCAAUGAACACUUUACUCAUGUUAGAAGCAGUAUCCUAAUGCAACAGCCCCUUCCACCUGUUUCCCAUGCUUACAGAUUACUUGCACAAGAGGAAAAACACAAAGAAAUCAUAAAUCAAUCUGCAUCUUAA